AUGGCUUUCGCAUCACCUUGGGAAUCUAUGCUGGCUCAGGCUGGCCUUGAUGGUCUUCGAUUUGCUCAAGGAAUACCCGCGAUACAAGCAAAUGCAGUCUUUGCGGCUGCUGGAGGGCAAUUCCCAGAUCUUGUUCGGAGACUUGAGGUCUUCAAGCAGCAGAUCGCUACUCAAGAUGCCUUUCUCCGCUCUGGUGUCAAGGAGAACCUGUCAAUGUCCAUCAACCGACUGGAGGUGGCACUCCUUCAGCUGUACAAGCUUGCCGUCUUCAUCCGUGGGGAGUCUGGUGGUAACGACAUGCAGAAGAUGGCCAUCCUUGAGCAGUGCUCUCGAGCCUUUUCAGACUGUCAAGCUGCCUCUCAGGCGGGCUUCGAUCAGGUGAACAGCAUUUAUACACAAGCCGUGUCUUUGCAUGCGGAAGAACUCCAGCAGCUGCAGCGAGAGAUCGAGCGUGCGUCAGAGCAAACUAAGAUGGACUGGGAGAACGGCCAGCGUCAGUUGGAGCAAUAUCAGCAAGAUGUUGAAAGAUAUUCCCGCCAGAUGGAGGAUGCUUCCAACGCUCUCAGUCAAGCGCACGCCAACGUGCCUGAUGUCGGCAACGAUAUUGGGAGGGCGUUCAUGUUUUUGCCGCCUGCUCAGGCUGCGAUGGAAGUUAAUCAGCAGAGAAUUGAAGAAGCCAGAAACAGAUUGAACGGUGCGCAGUACCAAUUGCAGAAUGCCCAUAAUUCUCGCAUACAGUUUAUGAACCAACAGAACGAACUCAACAUCAGGCGUGCCGCUAUUGACCAAGUGGCGCAGCAGCUUCCUGUUCUCCAGGCGACCGCUGAUGCGCUCAGCAAGCAAUCGGCUGCACUCCUGGCUGGGUUCGCUGAGCUCAGGGAGAAAGCCACACAGUUAGCACUCCUCAUGGACGAGAUGAGGAACGGAGCCAGGGACACAGGUGCUCAAUCGUGGGAUAAGGAUAGGUUUGCUGAGGGCAUUCUCAGACUUUGCCAGAUGGCACUCAUUGAUGGUCGUGUUUGUGACGAAGUCGAGACCAUCACCAACGAGAUUUCUAGUGGAUACUCUGGCCAGGCACCAAGCAGUGUUGCUGGCCUCUUGGCUGAGGUUGGACAGCUAGCUAGGAAUGUAGCUCAGAAGAGCAUUUCUGGGUAG